AUGACAGAAUUUCCUGAGUUGUUUCAGGGCAUCGGCUGUCUAAAACGCCAGUACCACAUGGUUCUGCGGGGGAAUGCAACCCCGGUGGUCCAACCGGUACGACGGGUGCCCCAGGCGCUGCUCCAGCCCUUGCGAGAGGAACUGGACCGCAUGGAGCAUGAAGGCAUCGUGGUCAAAGUCAGCGAACCGACGGAUUGGGUGAGCCCCUUUGUCGCCGCGAGAAAAAAGGAUGGUAAACUGCGUGUCUGCAUUGACCCCAGGCGCAUCAAUGAGUGCUUAAAAAGAGAGCACUAUCAAAUGCCAAAAAGAGAGGACAUUGAGGCUGAGCUGGCCGGUGCCAAGUUUUUCUCUCGCCUCGACGCGCAAUCUGGAUUUCAUCAAUUUCCUCUAGAUAAGGCUACUUCGAAGGUGUGCACGAUUGGCACGCCGUUUGGGCGCUACCGUUUCCUAAGGCUGCCUUUUGGUAUAGCUUCGGCACCUGAGGUUUUUCAAAAAACCACGAAUGAAAUAUUCGACCAGGUCCCAGGAGUGCGAAUAUAUAUCAACGAUAUAUUGAUAUGGAGUAGCACGAGGGAAGAGCACGACGCCCGCUUCCGCACAGCCUUGCAGUUGGCGAAGAGCGCCGGCCUUACGCUCAAUGCUGCUAAGUGCGAAUUCGGGGUCACCGAAAUCGACUUCAUGGGCGACGUGAUAAGCCAAGACGGGAUCAGACCUAACCCCGCAAUGACAACACCAUUAAGCGAGAUGCCACCACCAGUUGACAAAGCCAGCGUCCACAGACUGCUAGGGGUGGUCAACUAUUUUGGUAAACAAAUGUUCCUGGCUGAUAUGUUAUCUAGAUCGUCGCCAGUGGCACCGGGCACUAUGGAUGACUUCACAGAGGAUGUUGACGUUCAUGCAGUGAGCGUGUCUUCAGACCUGAUAUGA